CGUCCUGUUCAUUUCUAUGCUAUAGAAUCUAUAGACGAUAGCAUAGACGAUGGCAUCGCGUACUAAACUACAGGAGCGAUUUGAAAGUGCUCAGAGUACAUUAUCCUACGUUAGCUCGCCAAUAGCUCGUAUUGGUUUAUGGCCAAUAAAUGUCACAGCUAAUAGUCGCGUGAAACUUAUCAUCUACUUGAUCUAUCAUUGUUCCCGCACUUUAUUGGAAAUCAUUGAACUUGUCAUGGUAUUUGGAAAUCUUCAACAAGUCAUUGAAAAUCUGAUGAUCACAGGUACAGAGAUUGCGGUGAUUUUAAGAGUGACGACUUUGAGGUUCAAUCCAUUGAGUAAACAAAUCAUUACAAUCGCGAAUCAGCUUCGUAAACUUGAAAACUUCAACAAUUCUAUAGAAAUGGAGAUUUUUAUCAAACAUAGUGAGAGUGCUAAAAGUUUUCACAAGUUUAUGAUAUGACCAGUCACUAUAUGUACCUUUUUAUGGUGGAUAACGCCAUUGUUCAACUAUAUGG